CGGAUGGUUUUGACCGAAGCUGGCACCCCGGCUCUUGUCGCCCUGGCAGUAUGCUCAUUCAUCGUCACGUGGGCGGUCUCUUUUGCCUCCUGCACUGUGCUGUCACGCACGCCAGAGCUGCUAAAGGAACGGCUCAAGGGCGUCUUGUGCUUCGGCGUCGCCGCCAUGCUGAGUGACGUGUUCCUGGUGAGAUCUGCAGAUAGAGUAGACAACUACCCGGCCAGAUCCUCACUGUCUGGCUGUCUGUUGUGUGUGUCUGUGUGCGGUGCGUGUGUGUUAUGCUGCAGCACAUCAUUCCUCACGUGUACGGCGAUAUGGCGAAGCUUGAUAGGUAACGAACGGACAAGAACAGACAGAGAUGGGAGUGGUGUGUGUGUGUUUGCCGGCAUGCCAUGGGUGGUCUGUCUGUCUGCGCAGCGCCAGUGUGGAGGAGUCGAUGGUGACCAACGGGGUCGGCUUCCUUCUCGGAAUCGCCGUUGCCCAUGGCCUCGACAUCCUCCUGCAGGCCUACCACGUUGAGCCCAGCUCACCACAUGGCGAAGAGCAGCAACACGGUGCCGACACCAGCGAUGCACAGCACGACAGUGUCGGUGAGAAGGUCUCUUUGCGACUGCGGGCGACGGCAAAGGGAGAGGCGGAAGAGGGCGAGGAUAGAGAAUUGGUCAGCAGGGAGGGUGGCGGUGGUGCCAGGCGGGCCGCGUUGCCAUUAUGGAGGGUGCUGAAGCCUGUGGCUGCUCUCAAUCUCAUGUCUGACCUGCUGCACAACGGUACGGUGAGCAGGGGACUUAGUGAUGUCAUUCAUGUCAAUACAUCAAUAAACGGCACCAUGUAUGUCAUCGCAGGUCUCGACGGGAUGAGCAUCGCGGUGUCAUUUCAGACCAACCGGCGCAUCGGUCUGUCCACAUCGCUGGCCAUCCUGGCGCAUGAAGUCGCGCAGGAAUUCGCAGACUUCGCUAUACUCGUCCACUCAGGUACGUUCGUUCACAGCUUGCCAAGCCAGGAACCACACACACUCCUCCUUAUCUCUUUCCCUCCCUCCCUCCCUCUAGGCCUGUCGCCGUAUCAGGCACUCGUCCUCAACGUGGCGGUGUCUUUUUCUGCCAUCGUCGGAGGUGCUCUCACCCUCCUGCUCGGGGCCGGUCUCUCUGAGUUGUGGAAAGACUUCCUGCUGUGUUUCGCCGGCGGCAACUUCCUCUAUAUUUCUCUGUUCGAGAUCCUCCCCGAGACGGUGACGGCCACGACGGCCGGCGGAGGUGAUCAGCGAGGCGGCCAGCGUGUUGCGGGCUUCCUGCUGGGCUUCCUGUGUCUGUAUGGCGUGCGGUGGAUGGAGCAGUAGCGUAGGUGGCCCUGACGAUCGAGCGCGUGAAGUGCAGCGAGCCAGUCACUCUCAGCGUGUUUGCUGUGCUGUGCUGUGCUGUGUGGGCGUUUUUUGGGGUCUGGAGAGGCCAGAGAGACAGAGAGAAAGAGGGAGAGAGAGAGAGAGAGAGAGAGAUGGCGUGUGGGGUACACUCGCACUGUACAUAGGCUAGGCGAGUACUGUCGGUGGGUAGGUAGCCUGCCCACCAGGGCAC